GUCACGCGACUGACAUAAUUUUGACUAAGAAUCGUAAAAAAUAAUAGGGUACUGUGAUCCCGCAGGCCCUGCGUCCGUUGAGCUUUAUUUUACGGACCUUCCUCUUCUGUGACUGAGUUGAUGGAUACGGCAAAAAGCGACUGACAUCCGAAGAAUUUUCAUGCAAAUUGAUUGGCUUGCCGGCCGAAAUAACGUAUUCUGAUUGGUUUACAAAAAACUGACGACUUUGACCCAUAUUUACGGUAUUCGAAGUGUGAUUCAGCCUGUAUUUUCUUAUAAUAAUUAAAGCUUUCAUAAACCGAUACCGUGUAAUUAAAAUUUCGGACCAAACGAAAGCAAUUAGGUGAGCUUUUUCGGACCAAAUGAAAGCAAUCAAAGGCUUUUCGGACCAAAUGAAAGCAUGCAGGACUUUAUAAUGGGUAAUCAGGGCGUAUUGUUUCUCUUUUCGAGAAAGCAUGGCGACUUACGACAUGUUUGACCGCAUACGUGCUGAAAUGAGAAGUAAUAAUUUUUUGUAUAUGCAAGAAAUCUAUGAGAAAUCAUUAAAAAAAAUCAAAUCUUUGUGUCACAAAGAUCUUUACCAAAGCUUAAACGAUGGAACAAUAUCUCGAAAUCUUAAUGCAGAGGUUUAUUUUCCAAAGUUAUUGUGGGGGAAAGACCCAGGGAGUUCUGCAAUUGCUUUGUGUUCUGAAGCCACUGGGAAUUGUUUGUACAGCUCCAUGUCCCUGCUUCUUGUUGGCGACAACACACUGGUUGACGAGCUGCGACAUUUAACUUCGUUAGAACUUUUUCUUCACCCUGAGGUAUAUAGUAAGCAUCCUGUUUUAGUUUCUUGCUAUGAAAAAUAUCAAGGUAAGUCAUUUAAAUCUUUUAAUUGUAUUGUACAUAUGAGCAUGUCUUUUUCUGCAACUGAAACUGGUGUAACACCAAUAGACUUUGUGAGAAAUGAAGCUGUUUUGAACUGUACUAACCAGACUUGGUGUAGUUUGCUCUGCAUGUUUGCUUUGUCUACGGUAACAUCAAAAAACAUCUUUUCCUAUUUCCCUGACUGUGGUGAUGAGAGAGAUAAACUUUUAUUUAACUGCAAAAUUGAACCCAUGUUUACAUCAUUAAACGAUAAAGUUACUGAUGCUCAUAUUUUGUUUUGUCUGCAAGGUGUUCAUGCAGAAUGUGGUCAGACUUUUAAAGCCAACCAUUUUGUGCCAGUAUUAUUUCUUCCUAAUGGUACCAAAAGGAAACUAAUUCAACAUUCCAAAAAAAUCUUGCCGCAGUCUAAAAAACCCUGUUUGUUCCCAAAAGAUGGGAAGGUACAAUCAAAGUUGUCGUUUUGGACAGACCAGUGCAGCGACAAACUUAUUUUGCCUACUUGUAAGAAAAAAGACUUACCCCAAAUAAAAGAGGAGCACAAAACUGUUGUUGAUGUUUCUUCCAUGCCUCCUUUUGCUGGUAGUAGUAAAGUUAAUUCAGAUACUGUUGUUUGUAAUAGUGCCAGAUGUUGAUAAAGUUUUAAAUAAAUUUGCUAAAGAUAAAAGAAGACUUGAAUUAAUAUAAAUUUUUCCACUAUACAAUCUAGAACAAAUUAAUGAAUAAAUAAAUAAAUAAUUAAAUCUUACCCACUCCUAAUUGAAAAAAAUAGUAACCAUUUAUAUAAAAUAAAUUCCCUUUCCUCUUGUUUACGUUGUGUCGUUAUCUUUCUGCAGGUUCAGCUUGCUCCGGCUGAUAGUACCUGUUCUAGGAGCCCCCUGUCAGGGGCUUUAAUAACUUUCUAUUUUUAUAUCAAUUCCUUUUCUUUAACCCCCCCCCCCCUUUUCCGAGUUCGGCUUGCUCCAGCUGAUAGCACUCGGUUGAU